CGCGAGGAGAAAAAAGACCAGCACCGGCGAAUUGAAGCCCAUUAAAGAAGAGCCACGCAUUUUCUGUUUGUUAUUUGCGUGUCGCGUAGAAAUUGGCACAGGCAAGCCAGUCACUGACGCUUGUGUCCGGGGACAUCAUGGAGUCACUGGAUUUCGAAUCCGGCCGGACAGUUUGCGAUCCGACGCGGUUGAGUUUGCUAACUUCAGUUUGAGUUAUUUCGCGACUUCUCUCAUGAGGUCUGAAGGCAGAAGAGAAACUUUCUGGACCGGUGUUUUCCCCUCAACGAAACGGAUGUUUUAUGUGUUUUCAGAAAAACUAGGGCAAAUGCAACGGUGGCGCUCGACAAGCGUACCAACAUGUACGCUUUCUCCAAGUGGCUGCCCCAUGUAGCCCGAAGAGAGAUCGUUUUGUGCAGCUUUUUUUGCUCUGUUUGACGGUGUAAGUCGUCCCCACUGCGGCGCAAGCUCCAUUGCCUCUUCUUCCGGUUCACAAGAAAAUGGAGACCACCGCCUGCAUUAGCGCGCUCAGCGGCUCUCUGGGGGACUGUAAACCGGACGCGACUCAACAUUGGGGCGUCAGGCAGCCUUUUGUCAUGGAAGCAAUGGCGGAACUGCAGAAACAUCCGUACUCUUCAGAAACAACCACAGUUCAUAUCAUCCUAAGCGUGUCGCCACCACUACCCCUUCGUGGAUGCAGUGGAUAUUUUUAUUCACGCUACGCGAAACCUCGCUUGGUGACCUGUGCCGAAGACGAAGCAAAGACGGUCAAACGUUCCCAGAUAUCAAACAUUCUCCUCCAUGUGAACGGGAAACUUGUGGAUACUGCCCGUUUGAAAAAAGACGGUAGGAUGAAUGUGGAUGUCAUGGUAGGGGACCAGACGGUCGAUCUAUCCGGAAAAAUCGUCGAAUUGCACAUCAAUGCCGUCCAUACGACUAAGUUAGUCGAGUUCGACCUCGACUUGGAGCAUUUUUUCCCGCUCCACAAUAUCUGGAUCGAUGUAGAUGGCCGAAAACUUUGUCAGGACACAGGCCACGUCCAUCUGAACUUCUCGACUGAACACCCGACAGAGUCGACGGCUAAGCAUUGAAGCACGCGUAAAAAUGUUUUGGAAGGAGCGCCCGAAUCGAUUGCUCAAUGAAAGCAGUCCUUUGCAAUUUCAAACACUGCCCCAACCAUGCAUGACAACUUUGCGCUUCUCUCUUACGUUCCUAGUAGCGUAAGGGUGAAGUAGUGUAGCUGGUGAACACGACAGGUUGCGUCCGAAUGACCGUGACUUUGUAGUUCCCUCAAAUGACAGCAGCCCACAACCAUGUGCGUUUUUGUUAUUAGCUCGAUAUUUCUCAAGAAGAGACAGAUAAUACACAAAAGCGGCAAUAAGGUGAACACCGACAACGUAGCCAACCGCAGUCCACCCACAGCGACAUUCAGGUGCCAUGUAGACAUAAGAUAGUCAAAUUUUUGCAAACAGUAUGUCCAUGGGAACGUGCAGCAGAUUCUUAGCGGCAUGCAGUCCACGCAUGUGAAAGCCUCAUGUACCUUCAUGGAGAUGAAGUUCAGUCAAAAUGAACUCUUCAUGCCCAUGAAGCUAUAUUUUUUUGAGCGCCGGCGGACCACGUCCUAGUAUUCGUCUCAGUGGCAUUUUCCUCCACACCCUCCAUUUUGUUAUUUCUAUCAACCAUGCCUUUUGUGUCUGUAUUGGGAGGCUGGAGAUGUAGCUGAACGUGUUGGGAUAGCCCGUCGGCUUUGUACGGUCAGCAUAGAACAGACAUCGAUGGUAUGCCGAAGUGCUCUCCCCCACUUCACACCGCUCUCGCUCAGAUUUUCACGAUAUGAAACAAACUCUUAAUCGGUGAAGACUGACACGUGGAUACUCUCAUCAUUUCUUUGUCCUGCUAGUUCGCUUUAUCGACAAGCAACGCUGUGAAAAGAGUAAGGCGAAUAUUACACAGUCAACAGGACAGAACAGACCCGGCCUCUCCGUGUUUCCAAUCCAGCUUAACCUGUCCCUACUUCGCACUUCUUAGUGACCCCAUUAAAAGGACAGAAUGAAGCACGUUUCUGUUUUCCUCCUCUGCACUUUCUGUGC